GCGGAGAAAGUAAAGAAGGCAAAGCAUUUUCAUCGAAACUCCAAAAGAGGGAGAGGAAAGAAAAGACGAGUGUGUAGGAGAGAAAGAGAGGAAGCGGCGGGGCGCGCAUGUCCAGUCUUUCCGCGCAGCCUGCUCUGAGCUCACCCAGCGACUUUCCCCACUCUUCCUCUCCCCCCCCGCCCCGAUUUUUCAAUGUCUACCGGACAAACGGCUGCCUCCCGAACAGACGCUGCAGGGGAAGGAACGGACAAACGCGCCAUGGAAUAGGAAUACUACUUGGAAAGUUAAACGGGGGGAAAGAAAACCUCUACAUCUUCUUUAUUUUUACCUUAUUCUGCUUCUUUUGCGUCUUCCCCUCCUUCUCGAUGUAUCCAACCUGUUUCUGAAAGGACUGUAUGACAGAAAAAAUGAGGAUUAAUAUUUUUUCUUGGCACUUUCUUGGGUUGUAUUCCGCCCUGUGGGGACUGGCGACAGGGGCUUUCCCCAGCUCAGUACAGAUAGGUGGACUGUUCAUUAGGAAUACAGAUCAGGAGUACACAGCAUUCCGAUUAGCUAUCUUCCUUCACAAUACCAGCCCUAAUGCUACGGAAGCCCCCUUUAACCUGGUUCCACACGUUGACAACAUAGAGACCGCCAACAGCUUUGCAGUUACAAAUGCAUUUUGUUCUCAGUAUUCAAGGGGGGUCUUCGCCAUCUUCGGCCUUUAUGACAAGCGCUCAGUGAACACGCUGACAUCGUUUUGUGGAGCCCUGCACAUCAGCCUGGUGACUCCCAGCUUCCCCACAGAGGGGGAAGGCCAGUUCACACUGCAGCUGCGGCCGUCCAUCAGAGGAGCUUUGCUGUCACUGCUGGACCACUACGACUGGAACCGAUUCGUCUUCCUCUAUGACACAGACAGAGGCUAUGCAAUACUGCAGGCAAUUAUGGAGAGAGCGGGGCAGAACGCAUGGCAGGUGAGUGCGAUCUGUGUGGAGAGCUUCAACGAUGCAGCAUAUCGCAGGCUCCUGGAGGACCUGGAUCGACGGCAGGAGAGAAAAUACGUCAUUGACUUGGAGCCUGAGAGACUCCAGAGCAUCUUGGAUCAGGCUGUCAGUGUGGGCAAACAUGUGAAAGGCUACCAUUACAUCAUAGCAAACCUGGGUUUUAAAGACAUUUCUCUGGAAAGGUUCAUGCAUGGUGGUGCCAAUGUGACUGGUUUCCAGCUGGUGGACUUCAGCAAACCAAUAGUGAUCAAACUAAUGCAACGUUGGAACAAACUGGAUCAGAGGGAGUACCCUGGAUCCGAAAGUCCUCCAAAGUAUACUUCAUCUCUAACUUAUGAUGGAGUUUUGGUGAUGGCUGAAGCAUUUCGCUCCCUUCGCCGUCAGAAAAUAGACAUCAGUCGUCGUGGCAACGCAGGUGACUGCCUAGCCAAUCCUGCUGCUCCCUGGAACCAAGGAAUUGACAUGGAGCGUGCACUCAAGCAGGUACGGAUUCAGGGCCUGACAGGAAAUAUUCAGUUUGACCACUAUGGAAGAAGAGUGAAUUACACCAUGGACGUGUUUGAACUGAGAAGCAAUGGGCCACGAAAGAUUGGCUACUGGAACGACAUUGACAAACUUGUGUUGGUCCAGAACGAGAAUUCUCUCUUAAAUGACAGCUCAGCUAUGGAAAACCGGACUGUUGUUGUGACAACAAUCAUGGAGGGUCCAUACGUGAUGCUAAAGAAAAACUGGGAGCUUUACGAAGGCAACGAUCAAUUUGAGGGAUACUGUGUGGAUUUGGCUUCAGAAAUUGCCAAACACAUCGGAAUUAAAUACAAGAUCUCCAUUGUGCCAGAUGGGAAAUAUGGAGCCAGAGAUCCAGAGACAAAGAUAUGGAACGGCAUGGUCGGAGAGCUUGUGUAUGGGAAAGCAGAAAUUGCUGUGGCUCCAUUAACUAUCACGCUGGUAAGGGAGGAAGUGAUCGACUUCUCUAAGCCCUUCAUGUCUCUUGGAAUCUCCAUCAUGAUCAAGAAGCCGCAGAAGUCUAAACCAGGUGUCUUCUCCUUCCUGGAUCCGCUAGCUUAUGAGAUUUGGAUGUGCAUAGUGUUUGCUUACAUUGGAGUCAGUGUCGUCCUGUUUUUGGUGAGUCGCUUCAGUCCUUACGAGUGGCAUGCAGAGGAACCAGAGGAGGGUGCCACAGAGCCGGGCCCCACCGAUCAGCCUCCGAAUGAGUUUGGCAUCUUCAACUCCCUGUGGUUUUCUCUGGGAGCCUUCAUGCAGCAGGGCUGUGACAUCUCCCCACGGUCCCUGUCUGGACGUAUUGUUGGAGGUGUGUGGUGGUUCUUCACUCUUAUCAUCAUCUCCUCUUACACAGCCAACCUGGCUGCUUUCCUCACUGUGGAGAGGAUGGUCUCACCUAUAGAGAGUGCAGAGGACUUGGCAAAACAGACGGAGAUAGCCUAUGGGACGCUGGACUCAGGCUCUACCAAGGAGUUCUUCAGGAGGUCGAAGAUAGCUGUUUAUGAGAAGAUGUGGUCGUACAUGAAGUCUGCCGAGCCGACUGUGUUUACCAAAACCACAGCGGAGGGAGUGGCGAGAGUCCGCAAAUCCAAGGGGAAGUACGCCUUUCUGCUGGAGUCCACCAUGAACGAAUACACGGAGCAGCGCAAGCCGUGCGACACCAUGAAAGUCGGAGGGAACCUUGACUCCAAAGGAUAUGGCAUUGCCACGCCAAAAGGCUCACAGUUAAGAACCCCGGUAAACCUUGCAGUUUUGAAACUGAGUGAAGCAGGCGUCUUAGACAAACUGAAAAACAAAUGGUGGUAUGACAAGGGAGAGUGUGGACCCAAGGACUCUGGAAGUAAGGACAAGUCGUCCCAGGCUCUGAGCCUGUCCAAUGUGGCCGGGGUCUUCUACAUCCUUGUUGGAGGCCUGGGUCUGGCCAUGCUGGUGGCUCUGGUUGAGUUCUGCUACAAGUCACGGGCCGAAGCCAAGCGCAUGAAGCUGUCUUUCUCUGAAGCCAUGCGGAACAAGGCCCGUCUGUCCAUCACAGGAAGUGUGGGGGAGAAUGGCCGUGUCCUGACGCCGGAUUGCCCCAAAGCCGUGCAUGCUGGCCACGCCUCCUUUCGACACCCUGGACUUGCUGUGGUCUCCUCCGGACUGCCCUGAAAACCAAAAACACCAGACGUGCCUUAACGACAUGAACCAUGGAGACUUCACAUCUACAUGCAGCCACUCCAUCAUCGCAAAAUGACAGAAACAUUAAGAAAAAAAUCCCGUAGUUCAGACAGAGUUACAUUUUUACACUUUUGAAUACACAAGCUUCCCAUAGUCAUUACACCCUCCAAGGACAACUGACUCCUUUUACAGCAGACAAGUGAACUUAAACUGUGGAGGGAAGUGUGUACGAGAAAGUCAGCUCCAUCGCACCUGCCUGCAACUUUACUUUUUCUUACUUUCAGGGGGGAAUUUUCGUACAAAUAAGAACGCCAGCAUUGAAAGACAUGGAUUUGUGUGGGCUCCUGACCCCUCCACCCUACGAACAUUAAAAGGAAGGAGCAAGUUGAGAAAAUAGAUGGAUGGAAGCAAAGCUGAAUCACAUGACGAUAAAAAGAAGAUCGCAGCUUAUGAUUAUAAACAAACAAAACAAAAAAAAAAAAAACAACCAAACAAUUCUUCUCCUGCUCUGUUCAUAUUGACACGCAAUGAAGCCGUAUCCCCGGACGACGCCUUACUAAAACUAAAAAUAUUGUUUUCAUCAUCAUCUUCAUCAUCAUCAUCAUUAUUAUCACCUUAACCAGCCUGCAACAAUUGAGUGCCAGGUAUUAUAACUCUUAGGAGACCAGAAAACUGUAAGCUUGAACUUUCAGACUGUGCAAACCUGUUUCUUUACCAUGAAACCUUCAAAGUGAAUCAAAAUGCUUUCUUACCACUCAUAGAAAUGGAUUCUUGCUUGUGAGUCAGCAAGAUAAUCAACAAUUACAGGUGUAGUGUUAAAAUCCACAAAACAAGCAGGGCUUUUGAAGCAGACACUGUUGCAACGAAGCCCUUCAUCAGCAGCAGCAGCAUCGUCAUGACUGUAGAGAUCCUAGAACACAAAGUGGUUGUUACCCAUUAAAGAGUGGCCAAGGCAAAGUUUGAACUGUAUAUUUAGUGUUAAGAUUUAAAAAAAAAAAAAAAAAGGAAAACAGUUUCUCAGCCACACACAGGAUUUUAAAAAUAAUUCACUGACAUUUUUUCUAACAAGCAAUUAAAAAGACAAAUCAAAAAUUUCUUUGCAGGUUUGUCCAAAAUCUAGGUGUCUCUGUUUAUACUGGCUUUGAUGGGGCUGAGAACCACAGAGCUAGGCCCCCUUCCUUUCAUUUUAAUUGUAAAGACUUCCUGGUUCGUUUUCCAGUUAGGUUUUCCCUGGAGGUCCUCUCGCAGUGGCUGGGAAGAGGCACCAUAUCAAAAUAAAAGCUUGCUUUUUAGAACUCUUGUAAAUACCUGAGUAGCAAAACAGAGGCCACAUGUCUUUUUAAUCAUACUAGGUAAAAAUUUCAUUGCAAUAAUGAAUAGAAAAGAAAACAAAAACGCUUGUAAUUAAGUACUUUUUUUAUAAUUCUACAUAUUAUAUAUAAUGCAAAUAAAUAUAAAUAUAUAUAUAUAUAUAUAUCUAUACGUCUAUAGAGAGCUAUAGAAAACAUUGAUCACUGAUUGUUAAAGGCCAUGGCAUACGUUUUGUUAUAUGGCUGUUUUUUUGAUAACUUGAGAACAUUGAUAUGCCCCCGUCUUUGUGUGUUCCACUCCACACUGAAUGUCCUCAUGGCACUCAUAAGGGGAACACACAAAAUGCACACACAUCCGUUGUUGCAAACACAGGGUCAGCUUGGAGUGAUCACUCAAGCGCCAUUACUUAUUCACUAGUUUUUAUUGUCUGAAGUGUUUUUAUCACCAAAAUCCUUUUUUUUUUUGUUUUUCGGAAAGUCUGUGUGUGUGCCUGUGUAAUUGUGUGUGUGUGUGUGUGCACAUGCGUGGGCUUAGAGCCCUCCAACAAAACAUGGAAAUGCUCAUGCGUUUGGCCCACUGAAAGGAAAUCCAUUUAAAUGCAGUGGAAGGGCUGAGGUGACUGCUGUAGUGCAGGGAACAAUGCAGCCUGACAUUUUGCAAGUAUAACAUUUGUAAUGUUUUUUUGGGGAUUUUUUUUUAUGUCGCCUAAGAGCAUUUGUGUUGGUUUCUCACAACAUAAAAGUCAGCUACAGACGGAAACAUGAUUCUGAGUUCAACAGGGUUCCAAUCGAUUCGUUAGUAUAAGUAUCGUCAUAGGUUUUUUUAAAUUACUGCUGGCCCUGGAAACAAAAAGUACAUAUCAUUUGAAAAAAAUAUUCCCAAUAGACUUACAAUACUACCAUUAUGCUCUAUGGUGGUAUUAACUUUAUUAUAUUGUGUCACGCUACAGUUUUUUCGGUCUUUUUUGCCCUUCCUAUGCCUCUUGCUUGUCCCACUGACAUUGUUUUUAACUCUCCACAACCCUGGCUCCCAGUUUUGUCCAACGUCCUUGACUUUUAGUAAAUCAUCAGUUGCAGGAGUCUUUUUAUGCCUCAGUGGAAAAAAAUCUAAAUAACAAAAUGAGGAUGGAUUACCAACUUGAAACAUUUGUGGUAGCUGUCUUUUCCUUCAAGUUGCAUUCCUUAUGCCCUGUAACUUUGUUAAAUUCACACACAAUUGCAAAUCAUCUUCAACAUUAAAACAUUUUCUGUUGUCAUGAGUAAGGUGAAGAAAGAUUGCAUCAAAGAUCGGGGCUGGUGAUGUUUUUCUGACUUAAAGAACUGAUCUAAAGUUUUUUUUUUGUUAAUGCAGUAAACGGAAUGGUUUCUCCUCAUCAUAUGUCACAACCGUGUUUUGUGUAUGAGAAUUGGACUGAAUGACCCCUCCCAUAGCGUUCCAAACAGAAAGUACCCGCUGGCUCCAAGAUGCCAAAAUCCCAUAGACUUCUAUUGAGAGAGAAAAACAACUAUUCUAUUUGUCAGAAAAAGCCUUCUUGCUCUCGUACCUUUUUGACAUGUUCUUCGUAAUCCUCAUUUUUUUCUGUAGUGCAAGUCACAUUAUAAAUUGACCAAUCAGAUGCUUUAAUUAAAGUAGGUGGAGCCUGCUGGCCCCAAGUCCAAUGUUCAAACAUUUCAUUCACAGAUUUGGUGUGGCCGGCUUUCUAGUGGAAUGGGUGUGGACUUCCAACAAGCUCACUCCUGAUUAACUGGAGUGGUUGCCAUAGAAACGACACCUCAGACCAAUCACUGCUUAUUGACAAUGUCUGGCUCCAACAUGGCGGCAUCUGUAUCACAGAAAAUGGCGACUGAAUUGGCUUCAUUUUGUUAGAGCUGAAAGUGAACAGCUUUCUAUGGGUAACAUCACACUCACUCACUCUAUAGUUCUUACAAACAGUCAAUGGUUUAAACAACUUUAUAUGCAUCUCAAAGUAAAUUGACAAACAAUAAUGAACAAAGAAAACAUAAGAUUUAAUAGUCCUCUUUUUCAAACAGCAAACAGUAACUUUUCAUGACCUAAGCAGCAGUUUUUAAAGCUCUCUCUUUUUGACCUAAGAUCAGUACAGCUGCAGAUGCACCUGAAGAAGGUCUCUAAAGUGUAUUUCUGAACAAUGCAAAUGGUUUUUACUUGGUUCUUUGAGACUGAUUUUUUUUCCAACCCCAAGAUGAUUUCACAAACACAGCAAAUGUCCGUCGGCGCUGGCUUUAACACCCUGUUUCAUUGUCUUUUUUGCCAUGUUUCUUUUUUAGUAAAACAUUAAUUCUGAA